AUGAGCACCUCAGCUUCACCCCUCGCGAGGAACUUGCAACGCAGCACGCGCAACCUCUCGAGAUGUCGGUUUCGCCCUACAAGGCCCACGCAGGCCGGCCUCGCCACUACCUCCAGAACCGGCGCCGCAACCACUUCUAGAGCUGCCGCAAGCAGGUUACCUUCGACACGGGGCUCACCCGCCGUCACAGUCUUCAGGCCGUUGGGUGCGCGCGCAUUCACGACGACCCGGACACGGCGUAGCGACGACGACGAGAACUUCGACCCGGCGACUAUUGAGCGCGAAUCGGACGAGGUCGAUGUUGUCAUUGUAGGCGGCGGCCCCGCCGGACUCAGCGCCGCGAUCCGGCUAAAGCAGCUCGCCAACGAGGCCGGCAACGAAGACUUCCGCGUCCUCCUCCUCGAAAAGGCUGGCGAGAUGGGCGCCCACAUCCUCUCGGGCGCGGUCAUCCAGCCCACCGCCAUUAACGAGCUCAUCCCGGACUGGCUGUCCGAGGACAACCCGGACCGCUUCGACCGGCGGCGACCGCAUGCGCUUCCUCACCAAGACGUCGUCGAUCCCGCUCCCGACCCCCCGCAGAUGCACAAUGAUGGCAACUACAUUGUCUCGCUGAACCAGUUCACAAAGUGGCUUGGCGACCGCGCCGAGGAGCUCGGCGUCGAGGUGUACCCGGGCUUCGCCGCCUCCGAGGUGCUCUACAACGAGGUCGACGGCAGCGUCAAGGGUGUGGCGACCAACGACCUCGGCGUCGGCCGCGACGGCAAGCCCAAGGAAACGUUUGAGCGCGGCAUGGCGUUCCAUGCGCGCUGCACGCUCUUCGCUGAGGGAUGCCACGGCAGCUUAAGCAAGCAGGUCAUCAAGAAGUUCGACCUGCGCCGCGACAGCCAGCACCAGACGUACGCGCUCGGCAUCAAGGAGGUGUGGGAGGUGCAGCCCGAAAAGUUCCAAAAGGGCUCCAUCACGCACUCCAUGGGCUACCCGCUCUCCAAGGACCUCUACGGCGGCGGCUGGAUGUACCACUUUGGCGACAACCUCGUCAGCAUUGGCUUGGUCGUCGCCCUCGACUACGAGAACCCCUGGGUCUCGCCCUACGGCGAGUUCCAGAAGAUGAAGCACCACCCCAUGUACAAGGAGGUCCUCGAGGGCGGCAAGUGCCUGACGUACGGCGCGCGCGCCCUCAUCGAGGGAGGCUUCCAGUCGAUCCCCAAGUGCGCGUUCCCCGGCGGCGCGCUCAUUGGCGACUCGGCCGGCUUCGUCAACCUGCCCAAGAUCAAGGGCACGCACAACGCCAUGAAGUCGGGCAUGCUCGCCGCCGAGGCCGCCUUCACGGCGCUGUCGUCCGAGGCCGCCGGCGAAGGCGAGGGCCAGGGCACGGUGUUCCUGUACGACUACGAAGACAAGCUCCGCGAGUCGCCCAUCUGGAAGGAGCUCAAGGAGGUGCGCAACUUCCGCCCCUCGUUCCAUACGCCGCUGGGCCUGUACGGCGGCAUCGCCUACUCCGGGCUCGAGGCGUACGUCCUCAAGGGCCGCGUCCCCUGGACGCUGAAGCACAAGACGCCGGACCACGCGGCCACGAAGCCCGCCGACCAGUACCCCAAGAUCGAGUACGAGAAGCCCGACGGCAAGAUCUCGUUCGACAUCCUCACGAGCGUCAGCCGCACCGGCACGAACCACGAGGAGGACCAGCCGGUGCACCUGCAGGUCAAGGACUGGGAGAAGCACGCGGCCGAGACGUGGCCCAAGUUCAAGGGUCUCGAGAACCGCUUCUGCCCGGCGGGCGUGUACGAGUACGUCGAAGACGACACCAAGGACCUCGGUGUGCGGUUCCAGAUCAACGCGCAAAACUGCAUCCACUGCAAGACGUGCGACAUCAAGGCGCCGCACCAGGACAUCAACUGGCAGGUGCCCCAGGGCGGCGAGGGUCCCAAGUACUACAUGUCAUGA